GCGGCGGGCAGAUGCGGCGGAUGGCGGGGCGCCUCUCGCCCGCCGCGGGCUCCGGUCCGCCCGGCGCCCCCAUGGCCGGCAGCGGGGGCAGCAGCCGCGCGUAGCUCGUGCUCUCGCCUCUUGCUGCAACGCAUCGGCUGGUGGCCAGCACGAGAGGCAGGCGGGUGAGCCGGAUGGCCCACGGGCAGCUCGGCACAGGCGCGUCCCGUGUUUCUCCAAGAGCGGAUUGCUGAUCCUGAAGCCGGAGCAUCACAUCACUGGAAGGCAUGCCCCAAACGCUGAGUUCUACCAGUAUGUUUACCCCAUGUGGCUUCAGCCCUCAUCUACAUACUUCAAAAGAGGAUGAACAAGGAGGACUGAUCUUCCAGGAUGGAAACCUUACCUCAGCAUCUCUGGAUGCUCUAAUCCAGCAUCUGAUACCUACCACUGAUUACUACCCUGAAAAAGCCUAUAUCUUUACGUUCCUGCUGAGUUCCAGACUCUUCAUUGAACCCCAUGAGCUUUUGUCCCGAGUUUGUCACAAGUGCAUUGAGCAACAGCGGCUGGACGACCCUGUCCUGGACAAGGCUCGGAUCAGAAAAUUUGGACCCAAAAUCUUACAGUUGCUGACAGAGUGGACAGAGACGUUCCCGUAUGACUUUCAGGAAGAGCGGAUGAUUGGCCAUCUGAAAGACAUGAUUCACAGGAUAGCCCCAUGUGAUGAGGCCUACUGGAAAAAGAUGAAUCAGCUUUUGCAAACCCUGAAUCAGAAGCUUGCAACCCUCAGCCACGGGCAAGAAGGGAUUGUCAAGAUCAGUGCUGCUGUCUCUGAUAAGCUGGUUGCCUUUAAAAGCAAACCUCCAUCAAUUCAGAGAGAAAUCCUGAGUGUCUGCAGUGACCCUUACACUCUGGCUCAGCAGCUGACACAUGUGGAGCUGGAAAGGCUAAGUCACAUUGGACCUGAGGAGUUUGUGCAGGCAUUUGUACAUAAAGACCCUCUGGAUGGCACCAAGACUUGUUUCAGCGAACAGAAGAAGACAAGUAACCUUGAGGCCUAUGUGAAAUGGUUCAAUAGACUCUGCUAUCUUGUAGCAACAGAAAUUUGCAUGCCUGCAAAAAAGAAACAGCGAGCACAAGUCAUUGAAUUCUUCAUUGAUGUUGCCCGUGAGUGCUUUAACAUAGGGAAUUUUAAUUCGCUGAUGGCAAUCAUUUCUGGAAUGAACAUGAGUCCAGUUUCCAGACUAAAGAAGACUUGGUCAAAAGUGAAAACAGCCAAAUUUUUCAUUCUUGAGCACCAGAUGGACCCUACUGGUAACUUCUAUAACUACAGAACAGCGUUGCGGGGGGCUGCUCACAGAUCCCUCACCGCACACAGCAACAGAGAGAAGAUUGUGAUUCCCUUCUUCAGCCUAUUGAUCAAAGACAUUUAUUUUUUGAAUGAAGGAUGUGCUAAUCGCCUUCCAAAUGGACAUGUCAACUUUGAAAAAUUUCUGGAACUGGCCAAGCAAGUAGGAGAAUUUAUAACAUGGAAGCAAGUGGAGUGUCCCUUUGAACAAGACCCUAACAUCAUCCACUACUUGCAUACUGCUCCCAUUUUUACUGAAGAUGGUUUGUAUCUGGCUUCCUAUGAAAGUGAAAGUCCGGAAAACCAGACAGAAAAAGACAGAUGGAAAUCCUUAAGAUCAACUAUUUUAGGAAAGACAUGAAGAUUAAGAGAUGAUUGCAGUAGGUCAAGGAAAAGAAAUCCGCAAACAUUUUGCACUACUGAUUCCAAAGAUGCCUGUUUGGGAUUUAGACAAUUUCUUUUGUUUUGAGUUUUUUGUUGGGUUUUUUUGACUGCCUGACGUGAUGGAUGAACUGGAUUCAUCCACUGAAAUCAACAGAACUGUGUGCACAAUGACGCUUUUCUAACUGUGAGACACAGAGAGGAAGGACAAACAGACUAUUUGUGGCUGUGCCCAAACUGCAUCAGGAUCACUAACUUUUGCCUCUGAAGGAAAACACAAGAAAAUCAGGAGCAUGGAGAACCAUGGAACUGCAAAGGAGAACGGAAAAGUGUAAAAAACGGAAAGCAAAAAAUACACAUGAAUAUUUCAGAAGCAGGUGCUUCAGACAGCAGCUCUUUAAACCCUCUGAGUAUUGUAAAAUGGAAUCUAACACAGACACAGCAGCAAUCUGGUUAAUUGCUGAACGAAGAAAGGACAACUUAAUCUUGCCUUAGCAGUCCCCCAGCCUUGUUGAACAAAGCGCUGACUGCUACAGGUAUAAGCUUCCAGCGGAUGAAAACUGACAUUGCUCGCUCAUAUCUAUACGUGUAUGUCACAAACAGACCACAUCAGCGUGGGACAGGGACAAACCCUGUGCAGUUUUACAGAGAACAAUCUGAAGUACGACUAUCACUUAGUUCUUCUUCCCACCACUGUUGUUGCUUUUCUUACUGUGAAUCUUGGCGGAUCGGAGGAGGGUACAGAGUGUAGACAGUAUUGUCUAGAGACCCCACACACCACAUCUAAGGUUGAACUGAAGAAGCAAAUGACCCUGAACUCAGCUUACAUUUAUUUAAUGUAUGUAGUGUAUCCCUAAUUUUGUUGAUGCUAAGUUGCAUCUUUUAGAGAGUUUAAUGACAGGUAAAGAAAAUAGAUACUGCAUUACCAUUUGAAAAAAAAUCUAUCGGUUUUCAAUUAAUACAGUGCUGUUGAUUUUUCAACACAAUGCUAAGAAGAUAGGAAGCAGGAGGUAAUCACUCUGAAUUUGUGAACUACACAGUAUGCUUUAAAAAGACAAAGGGUUUCAGACUAGGAUGAAUGCACUAAAGAAUUUGUCAUUCAUGAGCAGGUAACCAUUUUUCUCUUUUAUUUUUAGAAUCUAAAUGACAUUCACCAUUUCCUUACAGAUAAAAUGAAGUUAGGACUAUGUCUUGCGUUUAAAAUUGUACAUUAAUCAAGGUGCUCCUGUAAGACAUAUAUUAAAUGAUAAUGAACUACGUGGAUAUUAGAUUCAAAACUAAGCCCUAACAGUAGAGUGAUUGUUUGUAUAUGGAAGGACUAUUCCUACCUUCCUCAGAAAAGACCUCAAAAGGCUUAAAGAAACCUGAAGGCCACAUGAUACUGAACUUUGCAUUUAUUAGUGACUUGAUGCUGGCCUUUUCAGUUGUUCCAGUCUUUCUCUGUCUAAACUACAAGGGUGUAACCCUUUCUUUGAGAUCAGUGAUAGUGUUAUUGCAAUACAAAGUGAUUCCAAGUGGCUGUAGUGGUUUGAGAAAAAAAACUGGCUGUGCUGGCCUGUGCGUUUUGCCAGAAAACUGGAACGGUUCCUGCCCUCUGCCAGGCCUCAGAAGUUAUCCGUGCCUGAGUGAGUUGUUGAAAUGUGAGGCGUUGGUGAGCUUGUGUUUGAGGGCAGCUCUGACAAUUGAGCUGCAGGAGUACAGCAGCCCAAGACAAGCUCUGUGUGAUGUACGAACGGUCUGUCAUAUCUGCAGUGCCAUUCUUAUGUUGGGUUUUGAUCUGAAAGCCUGGGCAGUCUGGGUCGUGGUCACCUGGAAUCCACUGAUCGUGCAGUUGCUGAGAUGAG